UGGAAAAACCAACUCACAGUUAACUCAAAUGCCGUGGAUAAAGUUUGUCAUUUUAUGGAGCUGCCUUGUCGGCAUUAGUGUAGCAGGUGACGGUAAAUUCGAAAAAUCACCCACGGCUAUGGUAAAUCUCCCCUUAUGGAGUUGCCCCUCACUGGAACUAUCCACGAUUGACAUCAUCAAAAACUACUAUUAUCCGACAGAAAACCAUACGGUGCGCACCAAGGAUGGUUAUAUGCUCGAUGUGUUUCGUAUUCCCUAUUCUCACCAGUGUCUUGACAGGAAAGUGAAGAAAGUUGUCUUUUUGAUGCACGGAUUGUAUUCAUCGUCGGACGCUUUUCUGCUGACUGGGAGUAGUUCUGGUCUGCCGUAUAUGCUGGCCGACCAGUGUUACGAUGUGUGGAUGGGGAACGCCCGCGGUAACCGAUAUUCUCAGCGCCACAACAACCUGGACACCUCCGAGAGUGAGUUCUGGCAUUUCAGCUGGCACGAGAUCGGACUGGAGGAUUUGUCAGCCUCCUUCGAAUACAUCAUGUUUCAGACGAAACAAAAAGAUCUAAACUACAUAUGUCACGGCCAAGGGUGCACGGCCUUGAUGGUUCUCCUUAGUCUCCGACAAGAGUUCAAUUUUAAUAUUCAUAACGCUGUUUUUUUGGCUCCAAUGGUUUACAUGAGCCAUUCCUCCCUCCCGUGGAGACACUUGCAGAAGGUCUUUGAUGCUGUGCCGGAUGGCGAGGCUAAGCCUACCCUCAUGCCGAACGACACCAAGCAAAACGACGUGGCCAAACGCUUUUGUCCAUCAAUGACUUGUGACUGCAAUUACAAUCUCAUCUAUGGAAAGUCAAAGCACAAACAUGACCCGAUUAUCACUACCCGAUUCUUGGCCACGCAUCCUUCAUCCGUUUCUGUGCGUCAGCUAAAGCACUUCUUACAGGUUAAAAAAUCCCAAAAAUUUCAACAGUAUGAUUAUGGAACUGAGAAGAACAUUAUUAUGUACAAUCAAUCCACUCCUCCGGAAUAUCCUCUAGAGAAGAUCCAGCCUCAGGGUAGCCUACACAUCUUCUAUAGUGACUCCGAUUGGUAUGUCUCUGCAAAAGACAUUACCACUCUUAAGGAAAUGUUUCCCAAGGCUACGUUUCACCACAUCACGGAUACCCAAUGGGGACACGGAGACUUUCUUCAUGGACGAAAUUCUCGAAAUUUGGUUAAUGUACCGAUUUUGGAAAUAUUGCGUAGAAACUCGGAAGAAGGAGUUGAUAAACAUUUAAAACAGAGUGAAAAUUCGGAAGAAAGAGUUGGUAAUCAUACUAAAAAGAGUACAAACUCGGAUGAUGGAGUGGGUCAACAUAUUAAAAAGUUAAACCACCGGAGACGAAGUAAAAUCCGUAGACGAAGUAAACAUAGACGAAGUGGAAAAUCAAAAUAUUAGUUUCUAAUAUUAAAUUCACCGAUAGUUUCUUUCAUUUUUAUUUAUACAAGUUUUGAUUGGCUUGGAAGAAUGUUUUUAAUCGUUGAGAUAAAGUUUCCCGACCAUUCUCAUUCAAAAAAUGAAAACAAUAUUUUGUUUUUUA